AUGUUCCGAGUCGGAUCAUGGCUCUAUGGCAAGAAGCCGGCUGCCAAUGCCUCGACACAGUCUCUCGACUCUUUAGUCGAGUUGCGGGACCUUGAGGAUGCUAUGAGGGCUGCCACUCUGAUUCUCAAUGACGAUGUCGAUGGCGCUGAAGCUGGUCUGGCAGAAGGAACCUCCACCUUCCAUAAUCUUGGGAGAGGAGUGGUCGCAUUCAUUCGGGCGACUUUGGGGUUUGAACAGGAUAUCAUGCGCCAAGCAUCGGAGCGCCUGAACGAAGCUGAGACUAGUGCCUCCGUCGACCAGCACAGGGCACAGCACAACUCUCAUGCGCCGAAUACCUACCACUCGCCGAUGUAUUCACCAGGAACCGAGUUUGCGUUGUGCCAGGCAAUAGCGCAGCUCAUGAGUGCCAUAGUCGGGGUGCUGAAUGAAAGUCUCACAGAGAGUAUAAAGGCAUUCUAUCGACUCAGGAAAGCCUACAUCACCCUCGAUGCGAUUUUGAAGAUGGAACAGAAAUACAUGGAGGAAUCCCGGACUGCGACGCCGGUAGAAUCCACAACGUCUGGGUCCGUUCCGUCUUCCGAGCGUCACAGCUCUAGCAACCUUCAGUCCUCGAGCUCGUCAAUCUCCUCGGCCAAAGUCAAAGAAGCGGCCGCGGAUACACUUGCCGCACCUACCAGAGAUACUGAUGUAAAUGAAAGGCUGGCCGAUUUGAGUAUCUCAGGCGAAGCUCCCGUUGCGGAAGACUCCGGUCAAACUUCAACCCCCAUCAACACUGAUAUCCUCGACCAUGACCCUGACUCCGACAUCUUCCAGAAUCAGAUUGAUGUCUUUGUGCACUCUGGUUCCAAUUUCUGUUUUGGAGUCCUGCUUUUGCUGAUCUCAAUGGUGCCACCCUCCUUUAGCAAGCUGCUCAGUAUUAUUGGGUUCCACGGCGAUAAGGAAAGAGGAUUGAAAAUGUUGUGGCAGGCCAGUAAGUUCCACAACCUCAUCGGUGGUAUUUCAGCUUUUGCCAUUCUCGGCUACUACAACGGGUUCGUCCGUUAUUGCGAUAUCAUGCCCGAUUCUAUCCCAGGCAAAGACGGGGAUGUGCAGGGUUAUCCUCAGAAGCGGCUGGAAUUGUUGCUUGCGAAGAUGAGAGAGCGGUUUCCCAAGAGUCAACUUUGGCUACUCGAGGAGUCCAGGAUGAGUGGAGCCAAUAAAAAUCUUGACAGGGCUCUGGAGCUGCUGUGUGGGGGGGAAAGCAGUCCCCUGAAACAGGUUGAGGCAUUGAGGGUUUUCGAGCGGAGCUUGAACGCCAUGUAUCUGCACAAGUAUG